AACCCACCGUCAACAGCAUCAAGCAAACCCUUGUGCACAGCAUGAUUCCUUCGCCAUAGCUGUACAGUAUCACUGGGAAACGCGCUCCUCCCUUCCUGUCACACACUCAACCCAAGCAACAAGCUUUCUGCUAACACUCGUAGGAUUCAUGUGCUCCUAGGGUUCAUCUCGUAGCUCUUCCUGUUAGGCGAACAGCAGACUCGUGCUCGGAGUCGAUAGGUGCUUUCGGUAUAGCUAUACGUAUCUAAGGUAUUUUCUCGUUUAGCAAUCAGCAGCAGCGAAUAAGAGUUGCGACCAUGGUUCUAUUACGGCAGACUCUUAGGAGUUUAUGCUCUCCAGAUGGAUGGACUUACGCAGUGUUUUGGAAACUGAAGAGACGCAAUCGAAUGGUCCUGACUUGGGAGGAUGGAUAUUGUUCGAUGGAUACCCCUGGAGGUGUUCCGAAGGAGCAGAGCGCAGAUAAUAGCAGUAUUGACGGGAAUUUGCUCGGCAUGGCUGUCGCGAAGAUGUCAUAUCACAUUUAUUCGUUCGGAGAAGGGGUUGUCGGCAGAGUGGCCUUUUCCGGGAAGCAUCAAUGGAUAUUUGCUCCCCGGUUUCAAGGCGUUCCAGGCCUUGAUUCUCGCCACGGAUUCUCAUCCAUGAAGGGUUACGGAGGCUGCACGGGCGUUGACAAGUAUCCAUCAGGAUGGGAUGACCAAUUUGCUGCCGGAGUAAAGACCAUUGCCGUCAUCGCCGUUCCGGAGGGGGUCUUGCAACUCGGCUCCAGUCGAUCGAUGCCAGAGGACCUGAAGUUCGUUUCUCACAUCCGCUCUCUCUUCGCGGCGCUUCAAACGGUCCCUGGAGCGUUCCUCUCCGAUCUCUUCUCCGAGAAUGCGCUGAAAGCCAAGGCUUUUCCUACAUCCGGCGCAAGCGCUCUGGCAGCUGCAGGGUUCCCUCCUGACAUCGCCGCAUCCCUCGGCGAUUGCAACCCUCAAUCCAGUUUCCUCAAUGCGUCCUUCCCGGGAGCGCUCAGCCGUCAAUCAGUUCACUCCAAUCAGCAAAACAUACAGAUGUCUGUCGCGCCAACUCCUCCGCCUGCCGCUCCUCCAGCUCCGUCGCGUCCGCUCGCGGAGAAUCCCCUGGCCGGGUCUUCUCCGUCGGAUCUCUUCAGCCUUCUCGGCAUCCCUUCUGAUGGUUCUCCCGUCGGCCAGAACGCUCGGUUCAUGAGCUCCGCUCCUCUCAAACCGUCAGUGGAGCCCAAGCAAGAAGUAGCCUCUUUUCUCGACAUGCCAAGCACGGCGAAGCGAGCCAAGGUCGCUCCGGAAAGGACGACUCGAGCGUCCGUCGCCAUUAAUCAGAUUCAGCUGAAUUUCUUCGACGCGGACAUCGGCGGUGCUCCUCUUCCCCCGCAGUCGCUGGGUAACAACCCGGUGGAUCGAAGCUCGCGGCUUUCCCGCCAUUCGUCUCCAAACGAAGCUUCCGCGCACGUUCUCGGGCCGUCUGGCGAGUUGCUGGGACGAGGAGCGGAAGCGGCAGGAGCAGGAGCAGGAGCGAAGGCCAAGGCGGUGGUUGACCUGGAGAAGGAGCUCCGCAUGUUCCACGAGAACUUCCUCAACGACUCGUCGUCGCCAUCUCUCGCCAAUCUCCCUCUCCCGACCGCCACCUCGGCCGUCCACAAACCCGUGGCGAGUAGCAGGGCGUCGGUCCCUGCUGCUGUCCGCGCGCCAGCAGGGGGAAACCUUGGAAAUCUUGGUGUUUCCGACGCCGAUCUUGCUGGGAGAUUGGCGGGUCUAGACGAGCAGAUGCUGGCAGGCAUGACGGCGAGCAGCAUGGCUGCUUCCGACGGCCUCUUCAGGGCUCCUAUGCUCGGCAACCGCUCCGCUGGCUUGCCCCCUGUGCCUCAGGCUGCUGGUCGGAACGGGAACGCUGCUGCAUUGGCAUCUCAGUUCAAGAGUGCAAAUGGCGGUGGUGGUGAAGCGCUAACAUCUGCCUCCGCGUUUGGCGGAGCUGAUGAGCUCGCGCAGGCGCUGGGACUUCACUUCACAGGCCAACUCCCUGCUGACUUGGCGGAACUGGCGGACUUGGCGGACUUGGCGGACAUCGGCGCGGCGCAGAUGUCUGCCAACGGGCAGUUUGGGAACGCAAUGAGCCGCGGCGUGUUUGCGCAGCCAGGCGCCCCUGGUGGCGCACGGCUCGCUGCUGAUGCUGGUGGCUUCAGGGGAGGGUUUUCCAUGGCUUCUGGGCCGCCGCAGUUACAGAAGCAGCACCAGCAGCUCUUGGACCAGGAUAUGAUUCACAGAGCUGCUGUUUCCGGAAGUGUUGCCGUUAUGGAGAAAUCGAUGGCUGCUGCAGCAGCGAACAAGCUGAGCGCGAACAGACUAGGAGCAGCGAAGGGCGGUGUGGGGAUGGGGAACAGCAGCCUGGAUGAAAUGGAACGAAUGGCGACCCUGGAAGCUCUCAUGCGCACCUCGGGCUUGCUGCCACCACUGAGCCUCGCCGAGCUGCAGCAAGGCCACGUCAGCAGCAAGCACAACCCCAUGGCUGCUGCUGCGGCUGCGGUGGCGGUGGAAGCAAUAGGUGCUGGGAGGCUGUCAGGUCUUCAGAGCAGGGCAAGCAUCGCUGGCAGGGCUGCGGGAGAUGGUGAGAGAGGUGCGAAGGGCAUGGCUGAUGCGAUGCUGGCGAAGGAAGCAGGUGUGAAGGGCGCACUGAAGCCCUUCAGGGCAACGCCAGACGUCGCGUCAAACGCCGGUCUGAAGGAGCUCUUCGGACAACUAGCAGGUGGUGGUGCUGCUGCUGCUGAUGCUGCUGCUGCUGCUGCUGCUGCUGCUGGUGCUGCUGCUGGUGGUACUGGAAAGGAGGACAAGAGGGGGAUGAAGAAGAGGGGCAGGGAGGAGAAGCCCAAGCAGAGGCCUCGCGACCGGCAGCUCAUUCAGGAUCGCGUGAAGGAUUUGCGAGGAAUUGUCCCCAACUCUGAAAGGUUGAGCAUUGACGGAUUGCUGGAGCGCACAAUCCAGCACCUUGUGUUCUUGAGAGAGUUUGCAUCUCUCCGUUCUGACAUUGAGAAGGGACAAGCAAUGCUGGAGGAGAAGAGCUUUGAUGAAUGCAUGAGUGAAUGCCCAGUGUUGGUGCAACACUUGUCACCCACAUUGGUCCAAAUCAAGGUUGAGUGGGUUGGUGGAACUGUGCCAAUUGACCUUGCUGAUGGCCUUCGUCAGAUUGGCUUGGUGGUUCGCAAGUCAUCAGUCAGGAGCUCUGGUGGCCGUGUCAAGGCUCACAUUAUUGCUCAGUGCAAGCAACCACUGGAACGGAUGGAUAUUAUGUGGCACCUUCUCCAGCAUCUCAAGGAUAAGUUGCCAGGUCUUACCGAUCGGUUUUCCGGCGCUACCGAGAUGCAGGCGAGGGCUGGAGAGUUGGAUGCUGUUGUGAAGCCAGCAGAUUCGUGUCGACAGGUUAUGUAUCCAGUGGGUGUCAUCUCAGCCUGACAUUAUUGAGCUUGACCUGUCCAUUCCACUGCAGGUGCUCUGCAGGGUAGUCAGCAUGGAACAUCAAAUGCCAGAAGCCUCUAUGCGUGUAUGUUAACAAUUGUACUGGCAUUUUAGCUGAUCUCAAAGAUCUAUCAUACAGCCGGUCAUUUCAGUAAUUAAAUGUGG